UGUUUGAUUGUCAACAAGUGAUGAUUGGUUCUUCAAGGAGUUUUGCUAGCCGUAAAAUGAUUAAUAAACAUCCUUGCAAAUUGAUCAAAGGUCCAAAUAGAUCUUUCAGGUGUUCGUCCGCUUGUCUCCUUCCUGGAUUUUGUACUUAGUGAAGACAGAGGAGGGUUGUGGACAUGAAUCAAUAGUUGGGUCUAUUGGUCUUGAAGGUGUGUAACUUUUAUCAUCAUAUUUACUAUUUCCAUGCAUUAAAUCCUCCACCCCUUUAAGAUGCUGCCUUGUGUUUUUGGAUGACGAAAUCCUCUCCAUUCUCUCUUGUCUCCUCACAUUCUAUGUCAGAAUAUUUGUUGUGUUUGUGAAGGAUGAUAUGGCCUUUUCAAUUGCCUUCAAGCUUUCCCUUGUUUCCUCCAUAUCCUGCACAAACCUUUGCACCAGUGAUGCUAUUGACAAAGGUUCUAGUUUAGAUUUACUAGCAUCGUUGUUGGAAUUUAUUCUUGAUGAAGAAGAGGUGCUCAUUACUCUGUUAUUUCCAGAAUUUUGGAUGCUGUUAAGAGGUGUCGAUGAGUUUCCUAAAUUCUCCAUGUGGUAUUCAUGAGGGGCAUGAACUUGGCCCCAUAGUGGGCACCAAAUGUGAACACUAAAAAAUAGGAAAGAAAUUGUGAAACCAAGAAUGAUAUUGAUUGAUAGAGAUAACUUACGAUGGAGAGAAAGUAGAGAAUAAUUUGCCUUCUUAGAUUUAUUCUUGGGAUAUUUAUAGGAUGUUUACAUAAAGUUAUUCUAAGGAU